AUGUCCUCUCCCAAGCCCACCAUAUCUGUUCCCCCACCCACGAAGAAGAUGAAGAUGUGGAGUUUGGGUGGAAAAAUGGUUCUAAGUUGUGUUCAGGAGCCCGCGGAACGGGACACAGAGAUGCUCACGUCUCAUCUAACGAGUCUGGGGUUCAGAAUCAACUAUGCCAAAAGCCAGCUGAUUCCAUCUCAGGAGAUAGAGUAUCUGGGCUUACGAAUAGACUCUGUGGCAUACCGUGCUGUGAUCUCGGAAAGGAGAAUAAUGGCGUUUUAUCAGUGCCUGGCCCAGUUUCGCAAGGGAAAUUUGGUAUCGUCUCCGCCUUUUGGGCAUGAUGGCUUUGUCGCUGUCCGUGGUCCCGCUAGGUUUGAUGAAAAUGAGAGACUUCCAGCGAUGGGUAGCAGCGAGACGUCUGUGUCCUCAUCGGCACCUAGCGCGCAGAGAAAGAGUAAGAGAAAACGGAUUAUCUCUCCUGCUGAUAGCCCCUCGUUGGCCGGGGAGGCUGUGGCUGGCAGAGAUUGUCCAGCUCCUUCAGGGAGAGCCCUGGCCGCUCCCGUUGCGCCGGGACCUGCUGUCGCAAGCAGGGGGGCAGAUAUUUCACCCACACCCGGAACAAGUCGAUCUUUGGGUCUGGCCCGUGAACGGUUAAAUUUAUACGCACUCGGGCUUCUGCAGGAAGUUAUAAACACUAUCCAGAGCGCUAGAGCUCCAUCAACGCGCUCACUGUAUGGCCUUAAAUGGCAUGUGUUUGAGGACUGGUGUAUUCCUAAAGGAGUUAUUCCCUUUCAGUGUGCGGUGAGUGAUGUACUUUGGUUUUUACAAAGCUUAAUUAACAAUGGGAGAACAAUGGGGACUAUUUCGGCGUGUCAUGUAGGCUUUGAGGGAGUUUCAGUUGGACAGCACCCUUUUAUAUGCCGUUUUACGAAGGUGGUGAAGCAUUUGAGACCAGUAUCUAAGCAUCUGGUCCCGUCAUGGGACUUGUCCAUAGUUCUGAAUGCUUUAACUCGGGCCCCAUUUGAACCUCUGGAGAGCGUUGAUAUUAAGCUCCUAUCUUUGAAAAGGGUCAUACUACUUGCUUUAGUCUCAGCUAAGCGAGUGUGUGAGUUGCAUGCUUUGUCAGUUCAUCGGGCAUGUCUGGAUUUUAGUCCGGAUGACAGCAAGGUUACGUUGCUGCCCAACCCGGCUUUCGUUCCCAACGUCAGUGAUUCAGCUUAUAACUGCUCUGCUUUGGAGUUGCUUCCCUUUUACCCCCCUCCUUUUUCUUCGGAGGAGGAGCGGAAAUUGCACACUUUGUGUCCUGUACGAGCGUUAUGCUAUUAUGUUAACAGGACACGAUCGUUCAGGAAGAAUGAUCAGUUCCCUUUCAGUCGCGGGCUUAAGGACUCAUUCAACAAGGGGUAUGGCUACCUCGUGGGCAUUGUUCAAGGAGAUGUCGGAAAUGUUGUGUCCAUGGAUGGGGCUGAUGCUGAGGACUAUGACAAAGUCAAGGAGGCCAUCCUUAUAAAAUAUGAGAUUAAUGCAGAGAUCUACCGGCAAAGGUUUCGCUCUUCAGAGAUUCUACUGGAUGAGACCCCCCGGGAACUCUAUGUGCGACUGAAAUAUCUAUUUUCAAAGAGCAUGAUCCGGCCACAGCAGAAGAAGCAGCCAAGCUGGCAGAGAGGUACCUGGCCGCACUCCGAGAUGCCCAGCGCAGCUUUGGAGGUCGGAGUCAAAGAGGGUUAA